GCGCAGCUGAGGCUCAGUGGUUGUGUGUUUGGGCAGGAGAAGCGCGCGUCGUCGUCGUGCCGGACAACAUUAGAAUGUCUGCGGAGAUAUUUGACAAGAAGACGACCAUUGACCUGAGGAAGAAGCACGUAGGGCCUUCUUGCAAGAUUUUCUUCAGCGAUGACCCGUUAAAGAUUGUCCGAGCCAAAGGCCAGUACAUGUAUGAUGAGAAAGGGCAGCGCUACUUGGACUGCAUAAACAAUGUGGCUCAUGUGGGCCACUGUCACUCGGACGUGGUGCAGGCUGGAGCUCAGCAGAUGCAACUUCUCAACACCAACUCGCGUUUCUUGCACGACAAGCUUGUGCUCUAUGCACAGCGGCUGCAAGCAAAACUGCCUGACAAGCUCUCUGUUUGCUACUUUGUCAACUCUGGCUCUGAAGCCAAUGACCUGGCCCUUCGUCUGGCGAAGCAGUUCAGAGGCCACAAAGAUGUCAUCACACUGGAGAAUGCCUACCACGGCCAUGUCACCUCGCUCAUUGACAUCAGUCCCUAUAAGUUCCAACAGCUGUCGGACGCUGAGCAGAAUCCAUUUGUCCAUGUGGCUCCCAGCCCAGAUGUGUACAGAGGCAAGUACAGAGCGAAUCAUCCCGAUCCUGCAUCAGCAUAUGCAAAUGAAGUCAAGGAUAUUAUAGACAAAGUCCACAAGAAAGGAGGCAAGAUUGCCGCUUUUAUUGCUGAGUCAUUGCAGAGCUGUGGCGGGCAGGUUAUUCCUCCUGUGGGCUAUUUCCAGCAAGUGGCAGCACAUGUACGCAAGGCGGGGGGCGUUUUCAUCGCCGAUGAGGUUCAGGUUGGCUUUGGGCGUGUCGGCACCCACUUCUGGGCCUUCCAGCUUCAGGGAGAGGACUUUGUGCCUGACAUUGUCACCAUGGGAAAGCCGAUUGGCAACGGCCACCCCAUGUCAUGUGUGGUGACGACCAAAGAGGUGGCUCAGGCAUUCAUGUCAUCCGGAAUGGAGUAUUUCAACACAUUUGGCGGCAACCCAGUGUCCAGUGCUAUCGGCCUGGCCGUUCUCGAGGUGAUUGAGAAGGAGGAUCUCCAGGGUCAUGCGCUGCGCGUGGGCCGGUACCUGACCAAUCAGCUGGAAAAGCAGAGAGAGAAGCAUCCACUGAUCGGAGAUAUCCGGGGGUGCGGUCUUUUUGUCGGGGUGGAGCUGGUGAGGGACAGGCUGAAGCUCACUCCUGCGACAGCAGAGGCCCAAGAAGUCAUAUAUAAGCUCAAGGAGCAGCACAUCCUCCUCAGUGCAGACGGACCUCAUCGCAAUGUGCUCAAAUUUAAACCCCCAAUGUGUUUCGCGAAGGAGGACAUUGACCUGGUGGUGGAGAAAAUUGACCACAUACUCGCAGAACUUGAGAAAGCACUGGGCAUGAAGUUGGCAAACAAACUGAAUGGAGAGAAUGAAUCCAGUAAAAGGAAGCAGACAACUGAUGAAAAUGGACGCCCGUAUCACAGCGGUUCAAUCCAUGAGGAAGGAAUUCCUCAAAAGAACCACAAACGCCUCAAGACAUAAAACCUCAUGUGAACUUUGUGUGAGCACUUUAUCACCCAUGUGAUUAAACAGAGGUCCUAAAUUUUAAAGGUGACAGAAUCCCGGGGUAAAGGUGCUUUAGUAUUUAGCCUGAUCAGAAAUGUUUUAUAAAAACAACAAUGUACUGUAUGUCUGUGAGAUCUUGGUUUGUUUAAAUUGUACUCGGGAUCAAGCCAUGUGUUCAGCAAAGCAUCUUGAACAUUGUUUCACUUUAGGACAAGAAAAGUCCCUAAUUGUGUUAAGUUGUACAUCUCAUCUUCUGCCAACACUGACUUUGAAAACAUGAUUUUAAUAAAUUUAUUUGUAUGUAAAUCUU